UAUGAAUCUUUUUGUACUAAUUAAUCAAUAUUCCUUUUUAGUGUAACUUUACAUUUAACUACCUCAAGGGAUUUAUUCUUAAUCCAUAGAUAGAGACCACACCACCCACAUAUAUGCUUAUUAGUGAAGAAAGAAAGAUUCUUUCAUUCAUUCUGUUUUAUCUUUGGAGAGUAACUUAUUGAGAUUCUUGGAAGACUUCAUAAGCAUUUUAACAAUGACUGGAGAGGUUUUAGGUACCGUGAAAUGUGUAAGGGAAAGAAAGAAAUUAAAAAAGUAUGAGAAACCCAAUCGUUGAGUCCAUGAAGCUUCCAUGCACAACAUCAUAUGCUCCUGGAAUUAGAUACCCUGCUAUUUGUUUAAGCUGGUUCUUUUUGAAAGUGAGUUUUUUUCAACAUGAGUCUCUUGGCUGGGAAUAUAUGGAAAAGGAAGAGCACUGAGGAUAAAGAAGCAUACCAUUAUAAUAAUAAUAAAGCAUGGAAGAAAAAAGAAAGACUUAUAGUUGAUUGUUGUAUAUGAAGAUCAUGCCAUAAAUGCAUGAGUUGUUAUUUAACCAAAUAUAAAUAGUUGCUGGUGAGAGGAAAACUAGUGUAGUAUCUUAUUGUUUUUUCUUGACUUGAGGAUAUAAAAGACCUGAGAUGAAGAGAGAGCUUGGGAGGUACAAAAUGGGUUUGUGUUUUAGUGACAAGUUGAGGAUGAACAGAGAAUCUCCACCUCCAGAUGUGGUGAGGGUGUUCUUAGAGUAUACAGAGGGAGGGAACCACAUGACGGCAGAGCAGCUGUGUCGGUUCUUGGUUCAGGUGCAGGGAGAGACCGAGGUGUUGGUUUCAGAUGCAGAGAAGAUCAUAGAAAGAAUCACAAAUGAAAGACAUCAUAUCACUAAGUUCUUGAGGCAUUCUUUGAACCUAGAUGAUUUCUUUAGUUUCUUGUUCUCAGAUGAUCUGAAUCAUCCAGUUGUUAGUAAGGUGCAUCAAGACAUGGCGUCUCCCUUGUCUCAUUACUUCAUUUACACUAGCCAUAACUCUUACCUGACUGGGAAUCAAAUCAACAGUGAAUGCAGCGACGUACCUCUCAUUAAGGCGUUGAAGAGAGGAGUUAGAGCUCUUGAGCUUGACCUGUGGCCAAACUCUACUAAAGACGGCAUACUUGUUCGACAUGGCUGGGCAUGGACACCUCCGGUUGAACUGAUCAAAUGCUUGAGAUCUAUUAAAGACUAUGCCUUCUCUGCAUCUGCAUACCCUGUGAUCUUAACUUUGGAAGACCAUUUGACACCAGAUCUUCAAGCCAAAGCAGCCGAGAUGAUGAAAGAGAUAUUCAUGGAUAUGGUGUAUUUUUCCGAGUCUGGCGAUUUAAAAGACUUCCCUUCACCAGAAGAUCUCAAGUACAAAGUUGUAAUAUCAACAAAGCUUCCUAAAGGGACUUUGAAAAAGGAAAAGGAUUCCGAGUCAGACGUAUCAGGAAAGACAUCAUCAGAAGAUGUUUCAGCAGAUGAUGAGAAGGUUGAAGAGACAAGCGAGGCCAAAAAUGAAGAGGAAGGAACAAGCGAGGCCAAAGAGGAAAAGGAUGGAGGAUCAGAUAAAGAAUCCAGCAAAAUGGAUCUCCUCACAUACAGUCGUAUGAUACUGAUUCCUUCCGGAAACGCUAGAAAUGGAUUAAAGGAAGCACUUACGUUCGAUAAUGGUGGCAUCAGACGUCUGAGUUUGAGAGAGCAGAAUUUCAAGAAAGCCACUGAAAUGUAUGGAACCCAAGUCAUCGAAUUCACGCAGAAGAAUCUGUUGAGGAUAUAUCCAAAGGCAACUCGAGUAACCUCCUCUAACUACAAGCCAUUCAGCGGUUGGAUGUACGGAGCUCAAAUGGUUGCUUUCAACAUGCAGGGCUAUGGAAGAGCUCUCUGGAUGAUGCAUGGUAUGUUCAGGUCCAAUGGUGGAUGCGGGUACGUGAAGAAACCGGACUUUAUGAUGAAUAGAGGUCCGGACGGAGAAGUGUUUGACCCUAAAGCGAAGUUACCCAUCAAGACAACUCUGAGAGUUAAAGUAUACAUGGGAAAAGGAUGGGACUCUGGUUUCCAGCGAGCAUGUUUCAACACUUGGUCUUCUCCAAACUUCUACACAAGAGUGGGGAUAACAGGAGUAAGCGGUGACAGAGUAAUGAAGAAAACAAAGAAAGAAGAAAACACUUGGGAGCCAUUUUGGGACGAGGAGUUUGAGUUUCAGCUUACUGUACCGGAGCUGGCGUUGCUUAGAGUUGAAGUUCACGACUACAACAUGCCAGAGAAGGAUGAUUUCUCGGGGCAGACGUGUUUGCCUGUGGCAGAGCUGAGACAGGGAAUACGUUCUGUUCCUUUGUAUGAUCGUAAAGGCGAGAGACUUGUUGCCGUUACACUUCUCAUGCGGUUUCAGUUUGCUUAAAAAAAUCAGAGUUUCUUUCUUCUUAUUAUCAUCCUACAAAACGUAGCAGAGAGGCUUUUUCAAUUUGUCAUAACUUAUGGAUAAUAUGCGUACAUAUAAAAGAUAUAACGAAUCAAAUAACUAUGGUUGAUCUGAAACAAUAGUAAGCUUUUGAUAUAUGAAUGAGCUUAUAUAUGUUUGCUCACGAUGUAAGAAUGUAUCAUGUUGCGUUUUGCAUAUUUUUGACCGUUUAAUAAAGAUAUGUACCAGUUUUUUUUA